GCGGCCCUCGGAGGCGGCUUCCCGCCCGGCAUGCCCUUCGGCGGCGCGCUCCGGUUCGGAGGGGCGUGGCGGGGCGUGCUCGGCUGCCUCUCCUCCGAGGCGAUGGACAACCCCUCCCUCUCCGACGGAGACAAGGUGCUGCUCCCGCCCUCGACGCUGCAAGAGAUCAUGGCCCGCGUCGGGGAGGGAGGCAUGCCCCACCCGAUGCUCUUCAAGCUCGAGUGGGGCGGCGCGGCCCGCCACGUCGGCGUCCUCGAGUUCUCCGCGCCCGAGGGCUCGGUCGUGGUGCCGCUCUGGAUCAUGCGUGCGCUCGGCGCGAGUGACGGCGACCAGCUGCAGCUCUCUUCGGCGGAGCUGCCGCGCGGCACUUUCGCAAAGCUCCAGCCGCUCGACGACAACUUCGUCGCGCUGUGCGGACACGACGCCAAGGGAUCGCUCGAGCGGAACCUCUCCGCCUCGCGCGCCACUCUCUCCCUCGGCGACUCCGUGAUGCUGCACACCGGGGCGGCGCAGGUCGAGCUCUUUGUCGUGGAGCUCCGCCCCGCAGAUGAGGUCUGCGUCAUCGAGACGGAGCUCGAGGUCGACUUCGCCGCGUCAGUCAUCAACGAGGAGGAGCAAAAGGCGGCGGCCGAGGCGGCCGCAAAGGCGGCGGCUGAAGCCGAGGCGGCUGCGGCCGCCGCCGCCGCCGCCGCCGCCGCGCAGGCGGAGGCGGAGGCGCACGCUCGCCGGGCGGCCGAGGCGGCCGAGGCGGCGGAGGCUCUCCCUGCCGAGCCUGCCGCUGGGCCAGACGCGACGACGGUGCUCGCGCGGCUGCCAGACGGGAAGCGGCUGAGCCGCCGCUUCCCGAAGCAGGCUCGCCCCUCAGCCACGUGCGGACUUCAUUAAUUAAUUGACUAACUAACUAUUGAUGAAUUAAUUAGGCGCCCCUCAGCCACGUGCGGACUUGGGUCACCGCCGCUUCGCCGGAAGCGGCGGCCGCGUGCCCCGCCGGCCUCGAGCUCGUCUCGAACUACCCGCGGCUGGUCGUGGGCGAGGCAGACGCACCGCUGUCGCUGCUCGAGGCGGGUCUCCACCCGCAGGCAACCUUCUUUGUCCGCGAGGCGGCCAGCCCGGAGGCCGCGUGACGCAUCGAGAGGCGGACGGCGCGGCGUCGGGCCGCAUCGGCCGCUCGAGACUCGCCACGCCGUCCUGCAUGCCGGACACGUUCUUUUCACAGGCAAGUCCCGAUUUGUGGGUUUGUGCGGCUUUUGAGAGAGAGGGCGAGACCGUGUGAGCGCGUGCGCGAGCGGACUUUGCGCGGGCGGCCUGCCGGUCUCUUGUCUCUUGAGCGCUCUGGUCUGCCUCUCGCCGCCGGUGUCUCGCACUCGCUCACUCGCUCUCGCGACUCGCCGUCUCGAGCCUUUGUGUUCUCUCUCCUCUUCUUGUUUGGUCGUGUACAAGAAAGUACUCGC